AUGACACAAUGUGGAGUUGAGCAUAUGCCGUGUGAACCAUUGCUUAGGCGACCACCAUCAACAGAUCGGGGUGGAAAAAAAGCAGCGGACUCAAAUGAUUUCUCACAAAGUAAAGCGAUGGGGAUGACACUGUGUGAGCGCAGCGUAGUGACCCUUAUUUCGUAUCUUAAAAAAGGAGAAGAGGAGAUGUCGCGGGAGCACACGAUAGCGUUGGAAGACGUUGCCUCCAUCACAAUAAGACGGGAAAGGGAAGAGGCCUUAAGUAUGGGAAUAUGUGAAGGGGAACGCUCCCGACACGAACUCCAUGCAAUGCCUGUAGAUAUUCCGGGGAGCAGCCUACAUACACGGUCCGCGCAUCCGUUUUCUGUUGUUUUGUUGAAGAUGCAAGACGGUGAUGAGAUUGAAAUUGGUGGAGUGUCCAGUGCGGAUGCUGCGUCACUACUAGACAACCUGCAAACUGGAUGGCAAAGGCAAACUGCUGAAAAGGUAUUGGAUGAGAAGAAGAAAGACGAGGGCACUCUGUCUCCCCUAAACAAAUAUAUUGCGUCAAAGCGUCCUGUGACUGGAUUAUCGUAUAAAAAGUCAACACACUCUCCGGAACUUCGGCAAUACGAUACUGCCCAUGAGAGGUCUGUUGAAAGGGCUUCAUCGAUUUUAUGCCGACGAAACAAGUUUCUUGAUUUGAUGCGUCAAGACACCAAAAAAGGUGAGUGUAAUGUAUCUUCUGUCGUACCUGCCAAAGAAGUUCAGGGGAACACGAUUUUGCCCUUGACAAGCACGAGGAACUUAACUGAGCAGACGGGAAAUAUUUCUGUCAGUAGAGAUGAUUCCAUGGCCAUGGGGAAGCUGCUUAAAAAUGAAUCGGCGUGCCCUCCGCUCACUUAUCUGGACCCCUUGCAUCCGGGCAUUUUGCACCAUCUACACGAUCCCCUGCAAACAUCCAGCGUUCCAGACACCAAUAACAGAGGUGUUAAUUGUGACUAUAGUAAGGAUAGUGUUGUUGCUGCUGCUGUUGCUGAUGAAGCGGGUCCCGGGAGGCGAGAGGCGUAUUUGCUUAGAAAACUGAAGGAAAAGACAUGCGAUCUUGAAAGGACCAGAGCAGAACUUCGUGUCUUACAGGAGGCCGUGGAGCGUGAGAGCGAGCAAAAAAAUCAACAAGAAGAAGUAUUAUUGGGAAAAUUUAGGCACUUGACACCGGCCCAACGCGUCCUCCUGAACUUUGACAUGUUGCUGGAACCUGAAGUGACACUAGACGAUUUCCAACAAGACGGAACGGCCAAAUUAAGGGAGUGUAAAUUGCGGUUAAAUCGACGAUGUUCAUCCACCUUUAUAAAUCAGUUGCGUGAACGCUCCUUUACUCCCAAGGAUGCUACAUCAGAGCCAAACACUGUCCUUCCCUCGAAAAAUGAGGCCGAAACAUACGCCACUUGUGAAAACGGUUAUAACGAAAAGAGAGCCGAAAGACGAGUGUCUUCAGUGUCGUCUUCCCCCGGAUUGAGGCCCGCAGUUCCAUUAACUUCGAAGUCGUCUGUAAAUGGAGAACACACUGUGCAUGAAGCUAUUGUUGAAACGCCACCGUUUCCAUCGGCUUUGAGAUCUGGAGAUGUCGUCCACGUGCGGUUUCCUACAGCUGGUAUUUCGUUCGCACAGCCAUCAUCAGCCCACACAGCGUCACCUGCGAACGACGUGGCCGUUUCUCAACCGUUAUUGCAAGCAACAUUACCGCCACCACCCCCACCGCCGCCGCCACCGCCACCACCUCGGAAAUUGCCUCCUCCUCCUCCUCCUCCGCCACUGUGA